GGUACCGCUACAAUUUCGCCAAAUGCGUUUUUACGUCGAUCGCCAAAACAAUUUGUAAACUACUCCCAAAACAAACUCACGUGAUAAAACCAAAAGAAUUCGUGAAUCGUUCGAGAAAUGAUCGAGCGAAGGAUACAGUCGACGAUGACGUUCGCGUUUUUGUUCGGCAGCAUCGGAUCAGCAGGCAAGAAGGUAUGGCCCUUCGCGUGGCGUAUUUACGCGCUAGGCAAAAAUUGCGUAGCAGUCACAAGUGGAAUAAAGAGAUCAGAGGAGGAGACAGGAGAGAGAAGGAGAGACUGAAUGCGCAAACUCCCGCGCCGUCCCUUUGUGUUAUUUUCGGGUGGCGAGUCGCGCCGUUUCGUCGGAAGCUUUAAAUAGGACCGGGUUGUCCGACGAAGAAGGCAGUUUUCGUGACAUCGUUCCUACAUGCUGGAGCAUCGCACAAUCUUCGAUAUGCCGACCGAGUGCAUCGCCAACCCGUUGCAACGGGAACUGGCCGACUCGAUAAUACGGCUGCAGCCACUCGAUGAGAUUCGCAUCCUCCUCGCCUGCGGUGCCAAACCGAACGAGCCGGUCACUCAGGGCCUCAGGCCCUUGCAUUAUGCAGUCUGGCAGCGCUACACCGAAGCCGCACAGCUUCUACUGGUGCGCGGUGCCGACAUUGAUGCUACCGACGAGUGUGGCUACUCCGCGCUGCAUCUCGCCGCUGAACACGGCUACCUGGACCUGGUGAAACUGCUGCUGAAAUAUGGCGCUAAGGUGGAUCAUCGGCAGGAUACGGGAGAGCUCUUUCCCAGAACCAUGCUGUGUGAUGAACCGCUGCGACUGGCGCUGCGGAAUCGCCACGUCGAGGUUGCGAGGACUCUGUUAGAGGCCGGCGCCAAUCCGAAUAAGAGAUAUUUCUUCGGCUCCGAAAUUAAUCUAGUGUCGCCCCUGGAUCUGGAAUGCAUGGAACUAUUGCUGGCGUUCGGCGCUCAACCGAACACGCGGGAUCGCGCUGGGCUGACGCCUCUCAUGAAGGCCGCCAGAUUGCCGCAAGGCAUAGCUUCGGUGCUUCUGCUGUUGAGCUACGGCGCGGAUGUGAACUCGAUGGCGGACGCCAGGCAUGAUUAUCGCACGGUGAUACAUUACGCAAUCCUCGGCGGUGACCCGGCGGUGAUAAAUCUAUUGUUGAAGCAGGGUGCUAGGCUGGAUCUCGGGCCGGACUAUCAGAAACCGACCGCUUUGGACUUGGCCAUACUCAAGGGAGACCCAUCGAUCGUUGAGAUGCUGCUCGAAGCGGGUGCGGACGUGAAUGCCACGUCACCGAUUAUCGGCUCGCCGCUGCACGUGGCGUGCGCAGACAACAUCCCGAACCGGCUAGAGAUUCUGUCUAUGCUGCUCGAACGUGGGGCCGAUCCGAACCUAGUGAUCCGCAGCGACGACGGGCCGGCGCUGCGACCGGUGCUCGCCGAGUAUGUCGCUUCGAAUGAGAAUCCAUCUGUAGAAGUAGUCGCAUUGCUGCUCAAAUACGGCGCCCGGGUGGUGAUCAAGACGCAAUUUCGCGAUCCGCACGGUAUCCUGAAUUCUCUGCAGAACAUGGCCGAUAAGCCUCGCUUGCUGCGCGCAUUGCUAGAGGCAGCGGAGAGCUUCGAUCCCUGUAUGAUACGACGGUCCAGCAGUCUGACUGACGCACAGAAGGCUCUGGUGAUGGAGGCGGCCAGGACCCCCUUACCGUUGACCCAUCAGGCGAGACUGAUAGUCCGCAGGUUGUGCGGCACUAGGCUACCAAAGAUCGUAAGGAAGCUGCAGCUGCCGCAAUCGUUACAUCGUUACCUCCUCUAUGACUUUUUUUAGCGAAAAGUUUGCUUUCGUGAUAAAAGAAGGAUUUACUCGAGAUCUCCUUCCUUGAGUUUACGGUAAAUUGCAAAGGAUCCAGUUUUUAUAUUCCAUGCCUGGCCUAGGCGUUUGGGCAUAACUGAAGCACCCGGAUGCAGGACAGCACUCAGAAUUGCAGUAACUGCAGAAAAGAUCCUUUUAAAUCGUUUUUGGUAACAGUUAUUAAUAUUAUGAAUGAUUAUAAUGAUUUAUAUAUUGAUAUCUCAAUGAUAUUAAAUUAUAAAUAUAAAUUAUAAUAGUAUAAUUAAAUCUGUAUAAAAAAGCAGUUUAAAAAUAUUAUUUAGUGCUGUUUUGCAUCUUAGAGCUUCAACUGCAUAAGAAUCGUAGACUUGACAUGAAAAAGGCUGAGAAGUACCAUUUUGCGAGAUUGAAUUCUUUCGUGUGCUAAGGGGUAUGAUGACAUUGUCAAAGACUGCUUUUAGAGAUCGUCGAAGAUCCGAAAUACUAUACGAGUCUACGUCAAAUUCGAUGAGUACAAUAAUGAGGCUGUUGAGGCGCCAUCCUCUUAUUUAGACUUAGCAUUCUACUUUUACGUAUAAACGUGAUUUACGAGCAACGUGAUCUAUAAUCCUUAUACUUAUAUAAUUUACUUAUACGUGUGUCACACCGUUCUAGUCGCCAAAUGUUUUAUAUGUAUUGUAUUUUCUCUUUACUUUGUGUGGAAAUAAUCGUUUGCAAUAAAAGUGAACACACAUUCGUUGCUCAAACAUGCGAACGGAUAUCAUGAUGAUGACAAUCGAUUUGUGCCAAAUUUUUUCAUGCGUAUUGUCGCGAAUACUCGACUUGUAACUUGAACAUUGCGCUGAACUGUUUGGUAACUCGUAAAUAUUUUAGAAUUAUUUUUUUGGAGAGAAUUAUACAAGAAAAUUGUUUCGUUGAUCAGAUGAGUACCGAGAGAGACUUUCCCCUCUGGUAAUCAACGCACAAAGUGAUGAACUUUUGUACCUUUGUAUAUAUAAUUAUAUAUACGCUCAAUGUACAGGGAGAAAUAAAGGAGAAUCAUAUGAGAA